ACCGGAGAGACCCGCGCGCUGCUGCCGCCGCCGCUGACCGCGAGCACCCGAACGCCGGCUCACGAGCGACCCAGGCCGGGCAACAGGAGCGGGAAACGCCGCCGCUGAUUCAGCCCCGGCGGAGGAGACGGAGGACGACGACAUUAACGUGCCAAGAGUUGGCCCUGGAUAGAGAGAUCGGCAAGCGGACGAGUGUGGCGUCCCGGAGCCUGCUGUCCCAUUCGUCAUCCUCUCCUCUCUUCCUCCACUUAGCCAAGCUUUCACCUCGCCAAACUUCCAUCUCUCCUCCUCUUUUAGUCCUCCUCCUCCUCCUCUGCAACUGGCAAACUUUUCCUCCAUUUCUUUUCACACUUCUCUCUUUCUCCGUCCUAUUUCUCAUCCUCCGUCUAUUCUCGCCUUGCUGGCUUUUUCCACCGUGAGCUCGUCAUGGCGUCCAAGCUGAACCCCAACAUCCUGUACGUGGCGGAGCACGGCGAGUCGCUCAUAUCGCCCCAAGCCGACUCUGAAAGGACUCACAUUGCCGGAGAAGCUGGAGAAGAGUCAUCGGACAGCGACGGGGAGCAAGAGGAGACGUCGCACAAGUUGAUCCGCAAAGUGUCGACCUCGGGACAGAUCAGAGCCAAGAAAAGUGUGAAGGAGGGAAUCCUCUUAAAGCAGACCAGCUCCUUCCAGAGAUGGAAGAGGAGGUACUUCAAACUCCGAGGGAGGACCCUCUACUACGCCAAAGACUGCAAGUCUCUGAUUUUUGAUGAAGUGGACUUAUCGGACGCCAGUGUGGCCGAGACCAGCACCAAGAACAUCAACAACAGCUUCACGGUGAUCACUCCGUUCCGCAAACUAAUGUUAUGUGCCGAGAGCAGGAAGGAGAUGGAGGACUGGAUCGGCGCUCUCAAAUCCGUCCAGAAAUGGGAAACCUACGAGGCCAGUCAGUUCAACAUGGAGCAUUUCUCUGGGAUGCACAACUGGUACGCCUGCUCGCACGCCAGACCGACCUUCUGCAACGUCUGCAGGGAGGCUCUGCCGGGAGUCACCUCCCACGGCCUGUCCUGUGAAGUUUGUAAGUUCAAGGCUCAUAAGCGCUGUGCAGUUCGCUCCACCAACAACUGCAAAUGGACCACGCUGGCUUCCAUAGGAAAUGACAUCAUAGAGGACGAGGAAGGGGUGUUCAUGCCGCACCAGUGGCUGGAAGGCAACCUGCCGGUCAGUGCCAAAUGUGUGGUGUGUGACAAGAACUGUGGCAGCGUGCGGCGGCUGCAGGACUGGCGCUGCCUCUGGUGCAAGGCCAUCGUCCACAACAGCUGUAAAGAACAAAUGGGGAAGGUGUGUCCCUUGGGUCAAUAUCGAGUGUCAAUCAUCCCUCCCACUGCACUUAACAGCAUCGACUCAGAUGGCUUCUGGAAGGCCACCUCUGCGUCGUGUUCCAGCCCUCUGCUGGUCCUGGUCAACUCCAAAAGCGGAGACAACCAGGGCGUGAAGUUCCUCCGCAAGUUCAAGCAGCUUCUCAACCCGGCUCAAGUCUUCGACCUGAUGAACGGGGGACCAGAGCUCGGCCUGCGCCUUUUCCAGAAGUUUGUGACGUUUCGUAUCCUGGUGUGCGGAGGAGACGGCAGCGUGGGCUGGGUGCUCUCAGAGCUGGAUAAACUCAACCUCCAUAAACAGUGCCAGCUCGGGGUUCUGCCUCUGGGCACGGGAAACGACCUGGCUCGUGUUCUGGGUUGGGGAGGCCUCUGUGACGACGACGCUCAGCUGCUGCAGAUCCUGGAGAAGCUGGAGAGAGCCACCACCAAAAUGCUGGACCGAUGGAGUGUGAUGACGUACGAGGUGCCCACCACCACUAAACGCACACCGAUAGUGAAAGAAGACGACAGCCUCGAUUCUCCUCUGCAGGUCCACAUCACUCAGUAUGCAGACUCCGUGGCCUCCCACCUCGCCAAGAUCCUGGACUCGGACAAACACAGUGACGUCAUUUCCUCUGCCAAGUUCCUGUGUGGGACGGUGAAUGAUUUCGUGGCGGAGGUGGGGAAGGCGUACGAGAGAGCCACGGAGAACAAGGAGGAGGCAGACGCCAUGGCAAAGAAGUGUGCGCUGCUGAAUGAGAAGCUUGACUCCCUCGUCAAGGCCUUAAGUGAGGAAGCGGAGGCUCAGGUUGUGCCGGCGGGUUCAGUGCCCAGCCAGGAGAGCGGCGGCUCGAGCCCCGUUGAGAGCGGCGGCGAGUCGGGUUCAGAGGGCAAGACGUACCGGUCCAAGGAGCAGCUGAUGCUCCGGGCCAACAGCCUGAAGAAAGCCCUGAGGCAGAUCAUCGAACAGGCAGAGAAAGUGGUGGACGAGCAGAACCGGCACACGCAGGUCCAGAGGAUGUCGUCCUCGUCGUCCAUCAAAAGAGAAAACAGCGAGGAGCUGAAGGAUGCGGAGCCACGUCAAGGAAGCUUGAGUCCCACCUCGCCCAUCGUCCUCGAGAAACCAGAGAGCCUCCACACUGUCACCUUCAGCGAGGACACAGUACAAUGCUCAGAGAAGUGUGUGAUGAACAACUACUUUGGUAUCGGCCUGGAUGCCAAGAUUUCCCUCGAGUUCAACAACAAGAGAGAUGAGCACCCUAAAAAAUGCAGCAGUCGCACCAAGAACAUGAUGUGGUACGGAGUGCUGGGGACUAAAGAGCUGGUGCAGAAGACCUACAAGAACCUGGAGCAGAGAGUUCAGCUGGAGUGUGACGGUGUUCCCAUGUCUCUGCCCAGUCUGCAGGGCUUGGCUGUGCUCAACAUCCCCAGCUACGCAGGUGGUAUCAACUUCUGGGGAGGCACCAAGGAGGAUAAUAACUUUGGUGCUCCGUCAUUUGAUGAUAAGAAGUUGGAGGUGGUGGCGGUGUUUGGCAGCAUGCAGAUGGCCAUGUCCAGAGUCAUCAACCUGCAGCACCACCGCAUUGCACAGUGCCGCCAGGUGAAGAUCACCAUCCUCGGGGAGGAGGGGGUUCCUGUGCAGGUGGACGGAGAGGCCUGGAUCCAACCACCUGGCAUCGUCAAGAUCGUCCACAAGAACCGGGCACAGAUGCUCACCAGAGACAGAGCGUUCGAGAGCACCUUGAAGUCAUGGGAGGACAAGAGGAAGAUUGACAGCUACCGCGCCAGCAGACCCCGCCUUAACUCCCAGCAGUCCAUGGAGUACCUGACGGAGGAGGAGUGCGCUCAGGUUCAGCAGCUGGGCAUCGUGGCUGACACACUCAUCAACAAGAUCCGUGAAGCGGCCAAGACCCACAAGCUGGUGGAGCAGGAGUUGGCCCACGCCGUCAACGCCACCGCCCUGGUGCUCACAGAGGCCAAACUGUCCAGCCCCGAGUGUCUAAGUCGCAGCACGGCGGUGGAAAUCGUCAACAGCAGUAAAGUUCUGCAGGCGGAGACCAGGAUGCUGCUGGAUGGAAAACUACUGUCGGAGUCUCCGGAGGAAGAGGAGCUCCAGUCGACCCUGAACAGCCUCAGCGCCGAGCUCCACAAGCUGGACGACAUCCACUGGAUCUGUCCGCUCAUGCAGUGCUCCGAGGAGGACUCGGUGAGAGGCAGCAGUAAGAGCAGCAGCAGUAUGAAGCUGAAGAUCAUUCCUAAGGUGAAGAAGGAGAGAGAGAAGCUCCACAAGCAGAAGUCCAACAGCUCUCUCUCAGGAAAUUGGGAUAUCAAAGGUGGGGCGUGUGAGGCGGAUUCCUCGGGCAACUGAAGUGUGUAUGAGGUGCUUAAUACUGCCCCUCCCAUUGCCGUGACAACCCCGGGGUGAGGAGCACCCCUCCUGUCCUCCUCCCCUCUAACCGCGAUACCCAGUGGCCUGACAGAGGCGUGAGGAAGGAAAGGAAAACCAUCUUCCCACCUUUUAUGCUAUUUCCUCCCUGCUUCUUUACCCUCCAUUUUGCAGGAAGGAGUUUUUGUUUCUUCUAUUUCUUCUUCUUUUUUUUCUCUUAUUUUGAAGGGGCCUGGCUUUGCAUUGCAUUGCAUCGCUUCACCAUUGGCUUCUGGUUCUGUUUACCUGCUUGAGUUUGGAAGUCGCCGUGGCCAGCAGCGAAUCAAACAAAAGGACAAGGGAAGGGAAGUGGAACAAAAGUGUUCUCACAGACUUUUUAGUUUUGAUUUUAUUUUUUUUCGGACAAAGAAAUGUGUUAACUUGGUGCUCUCCUUGCAUGUCGAGUGCAGCCAUCUUAUUUUAUAUCUAUCAUAAGUUGUUACACUCUAUUGAUUCUUUUCUCUUUAACUUUAAUCGCUUUAUUUCUUAACUUUACGAACAGCCUUUGAUUUUUCUCGAGACUUGCGAGGAGUAUUUAUUUCUUGUUGCUACUGCCAUGAGAACUCAAACUGCAACAACAAACUGAACAAACUGAAACAUCUCAACCUUAUCGUCUACUGAACUGGGGAAAUAUCUUAAAUGUUGCAAAAAAUAUACUGAGGAAUGUACUUUGUGUGGACUUGUUAUUAACCUGUGAAUAAUGUUAAAUGAUAAAUCAUAUAAGGUUUCACAAAGGUUCUACUGUUGUGGUUCUAAAGUGGUUCUUAAUAGGCUGUUGUCUGACUCGUGUGAUCCGAGGCGAUGCUUUAUGAUGAGUCAUUUCAUCUGGAAUUCAGCCUUGUGAAAAGAUCCGAAGUGUGGUACGUCACUCCGUUAUUGCCAAGGUGUAUAGUGUGACUCGUGGGAGUUUUAAGAACCAUUUAGAGGUACGGUACCAGAUGAAAUGACUCACUUAGUCUGAUAUUUUUGGCAGUGUAUGGUGAAGGUGUUUACAGAAGGAGGAAGCAUCAAGGACACAUUAACAAAACAUUACAGCUACUUAGUAUAUUACUCCUACUUUGCCAUACUGCUGAUUGUAUACGUAAUAUAAGAAUAUGAGUCAGUGGAUAUUUGAUUUUUGCCUUGUCUGUGGUUAAAAGCUAUUAUUAUUAUUGUUAUUAUUAAUAUUAUUAUUAUUAUUAUUACAAAUAUUAUCUAUUUUUUUGUAUAUCUUAUUUUCCCAAUUGUAAUCUGUGAAGCUGUCCUGGCUUUGCUGCUUCCCCCUUUGACAAACUCCUUAGCCACUGUGCAUAUAAUCAAAGCCAAUUAAUGCUGUUCUGUGUGUCCCUGCAUGCAUACUUAGCCUUCCUUCGCCUCACAGUGUUGGGCUGAAGUUGCCUCAAAAUAGUGAGUUUUAGCUUUUUUUUUUAUUCUGACCAGAAGCAUUUGUGAAUUUAUUUUUUGUUUUUAACCUGCACCAGAUGGUGUAGGAUUUGUUGCGAGAGAACACUUAUUUAACAAAACAAAAAAAAGCCGUAAUAAUGCCAAUACUUUACUGUGAUGUCCAGACUUAAAGAGAGUGUAUUGAUUUACACCCACAGGGUAGAAAAUGAAAAACAGCAUAAGAUUCUGGAUUCAUGUGCUUCUGUGUAGAAACAGCUAAACUAUUGGUGUUUACGAGUUCUAGAGGCAACUUCUACCCUGGUUAUUUACGGUAAUAUUCUUUAAAGAAAUGGUCAGACAUUUUGAGAAAUUUGCUUUUUUUUUGCGCUACUACCAAAAGAUAGACAAGAAGACUUUUUCAUCUCUGUGCAACCAGUAAAAAGAUAAAAAGGGUAAGCUCCCAAAUGAACUAAGCUUAGACAAAAAAAAAAAAAACCUUGCAAGAAGGUCAUCAAAAGGAAAAUACUAAUUUCAACAUUUCCCAAAA